AUGCGUGUUUUUUAUUGGAAUGCUCAAGGCUUGGCUAAAGAUGGUGCAAGAGCCAAGUUGCAGGAGCUUUCUUUCUUGCACAAACCUAACGUAAUUUGCAUUGCAGAACCGCAUGUUUUCUGCAGUGUACGUUUUGUUAAGUCUCUUGAAUUGGUUGAUUUUUCUGAAGAUGUUAUUACAAAUGAGGUUGAUGGAGAUAAAGGUAAUAUUUGGAUUCUAUGGAGGAAUACUCUUUUAAGGCCUGGUAUUUUAUCUACUUCAAAGCAAGCAAUUACUGUGAAUUUUGCAGGGGAUUUCAUUACGGCUGUUCAUGCUUCCUAUAAUCCGGUGAUUUCAAUUGCGUUUUACGCCUGGAGGGAAAAGAAGGGUGGAAGGCCAAUCAAAGAGGUUUAUAUGAAUGAGUUUCGUAGCUGGAUUUCUGACAAUGGCUUGGUUGAGGCUGAUGCUAUUGGUAAAAAAUAUUCUUGGUCUAAUUGUAGAAGUGGUGCUCACAGAAUUGUCUCUAAACAUGAUAGGGCGGUUGUUAAUGAUGCUUGGUGCUAUAAGUAUGCGAACUGGAGAUGCAAGGCCUUGCCUAUGGUUUGUUCAGAUAAUUCCCCCAUUUUUGGGUUUGCUUUUGAAAAUCCAAGGCCGGCUAGAGUUCCCUUUCGAAUUCAGAAGAUGUGGCUUUCCCAUCCAGGUUUUAUGCAGUUGGUGGAAAGGAGUUGGAGUUUAGAUCUUAAUGGUGCUCCCCCUUUUGUUUUUACUUCUAAGCUGAAGAGACUAAAGGAGGUGUUGAAGAUUUGGAACAGAACUAUUUUUGGAGAUGUGCAAUUUCAUCUGAAGCAGGCUGAAUUGAAGCUUGAAACUGAAAAUGAUUUUCUUGAUUAUGAUCCGGCAGAUGAAUUUCAAUUCCUAAGGGUUGCGGAUGCCAAAAAGGAGGUUGAUGAUGUGAGAACGGAGUUGGUCAUUAUGCUUAAGAUGAAAUCAAGAGUAACUUGGUUGGAGGAUGGUGAUCAAAAUGCUCGUUUCUUUCAUAACAACAUCCACAUGAGGAGAAGUCAAAACACCAUAUCAGAGCUUAAAAUUUCAAACGAUACUACUUUGUUUUUGCAAGAUGAGAUAAAGGAUUACGUUGUUAACCAUUAUCAGGCCAAAUUUAAUGGUGGUGACAUUCAUAUUGAUCCAGUUUUAUUUGGUAUUGAACAUGAGAGCAUUUCAGCUACUGAAAGUGCUUAUAUGGAUGCUAUUCCAUCUUUGGAGGAAGUUAAAAUGGCGGUUUUUGAUUUGGGAUCUGAUUCUGCGCCUGGCCCAGAGGGCUUCACAGGUUCUUUCUAUCGACAGUGCUGGGACAUUAUUUCUAGAGAUCUCUUUAAUGCAAUUGCAAACUGUUGUACUAAGAAUAUGGCUACUAGGCUUGGUACUGUUUUAAAUAAGUUGAUCUCUGAAGAGAAAGUGGCGUUUAUGAAGGGUAGAAACAUUCAUGAGAAUACAGCUUUGGCGUCUGAAUUGAUCAAUGAGAUCAAUACGAAAAGGAAGCAUGGAAAUGUUGGCCUCAAACUGGAUAUUGCCCAAGCUUUUGAUACGGUAAGUUGGGAUUUCAUAGCUGAAGUUUUUCGUCAUUAUGGCUUUUCUGAUUCUUGGUGCAUGUGGGUUCUUAAUAUCCUUAGCUCAUCUCGGAUUUCUGUCAUGAAUAAUGGAUGCCCUGAAGGUUAUUUCAGUAUUACUAGAGGUCUACGUCAAGGUGAUCCUCUCUCACCUUUGAUCUUUGUUCUUAUUGAAGAUGUUUUAAGUCGCAAUCUUUCCAAGUUGUGCGCAAAUAAUGGUAUGCAUGUUAUGGUUAGUAAGAAAGGUGUGGCGCCCACUCACUUACUUUUCACGGAUGAUAUCCCUAUUUUAUGCAAAGGUAAUCUUCAUAGUUUUCAAAAUUUGAAGAAUAUGCUUGUUUUGUAUGAAAGUGCGUCUGGUCAGUGCGUAAACUAUGCAAAGAGCAAGUUUUAUUUUGGAGGUGAUAGAAUUUCUCGUGCUAUUGCUAUUUCUAACUAUUUGGGUAUGGAGAGAGCUAUGUUUCCGGAUAAGUACUUAGGUAUUCAAUUGAAACCUGGAAUUGUUCGGCAUAUUCACGUUCGUCAAGUGGUUGAGAAGAUUAUGUACAAGUUGGCUGGCUGA